AUGCCCGCUGCAGUGGAACCAGCUCGCGUUUACACCGUCUCUGGCGGUGGUGCUGCUAGCUCCGGUGCAGCAGGUACCUCGUUCAACUCUUCAUCUCUUCCGGACCUCUUGCGCAGAUCUGGCUCAUCUAACAAGCGCAAGAAACGCAAGACCGCACUCAAGGACGAAGAGAUCCUUUCCCGUAUCGAGCUCAUACAGGAUUUCGAGUUUCCAGAGGCCAGCAACCGCCUUACAGCAACAAGAGAUGGCCAAUCUAUCGUAGCUACCGGAACGUACAAGCCUCAAAUUCGAGUUUGGGACUGCGAGCAACUUAGUCUCAAAUUCGAACGCCACACCGAUGCAGAGAACGUUGACUUUCUGAUGCUUUCUGACGACUGGACGAAAUCGCUUCAUCUGCAAACGGAUCGCACUGUACAACUGCAAGCGCAAGGUGGUGCACAUGCACGUGUCCGCAUUCCCAAGUUUGGACGUGCCCUUGGCUAUCACUUCCCAUCUGCCGACGCCGUCGUAGCAGCUGCCGGCCGUGAAGUUUAUCGCCUCAACCUAGACCAAGGCCGAUUUCUGGCGCCUUUCGUACUUGGAGGUGGCGAUCUGGGGGAACCAACAGGAUGUAAUGCCAUUGAUGUCAACCCAGCGCACGGGCUGCUUUGCUUUGGUACAGAAGGCACCGGCAUUGUCGAGAUGUGGGAUCCUCGUAUGCGAAAAAGAGCGGGUCUCCUGAGUGUGGCCACGGAAACGGUUCUCGACGCUGCUUUGCUUGUUGCACGCCGCAAUUUGCCGGGUGUCAUUGGCGAGGCUGACGACUCCACCGCCAGCAAGGAGGCACUUUCCUCGCUAUCCGUCACGGCCCUUGCAGGCGCUGAGGACGGCCUCAAUCUGGCAGUCGGCACCAACACGGGGCAUGUGCUACUCUACGAUCUGCGCAUGGACCGUCCGUAUCAAACCAAGGACCAAGGCUUUGGUCUCCCCAUCAAGAAGGUCAUGUGGCCCGGCGACAAGGCAGCUUCCACUACAGGUGGUGUUGGGCCCCGCACACAAUCCGAAGCCGAGGGCAAGGUGCUCAGCGCCGAUGCCAAAGUCAUCAAGAUCUGGGACAAGGACUCGGGAGACAAUCUUGUUUCGGUCACACCGCCCUCGGCAGCGACCGACAUCAACGACGUUGCGCACUACCCAGGUACGGGUCUGCUCAUGGCUGCUGUCGAAGGUACUCAGAUGGCCGCAUGGUAUGUACCCGCGCUGGGACCCGCACCACGUUGGUGCUCAUACAUCGACACACUCACCGACGAGAUGGAUGGUGUCGAUACGGUCGGCGCUGGGGCAGGCAAGGGCGUCUACGAGGACUUCAAGUUUGUCGACCGCGCCGAGCUGGAUCGAUUGGGCAUGUCGCACCUCAUCGGCACGCAGUUGCUUCGACCUUACAUGCACGGCUACUUCAUCUCGCUUGCGCUGUACGAACGCGCUCGGCUGCUCAACAAUCCAACAGCAUAUGCAGACGCACGCGAACGCGCCAUCAAAGCCAAGCUCGAGAAGCAGGCCGAGAGUCGUAUUCGAGCAAUCAAGAAUCCCAAGUUGGACGCCGGAGUUCGGGUCAACAAGGAGCUCGCCGAGAAGGUGGCGCGCGAAGCCGAGGCUGCAGCCAAGAAGCAAGCCAAGCGCGACGCAAAGGCUGCUGUCGCUGCGACUGUUUCCCCAGAAGGCCAAGGCAAAGAUUCAGAUGCAGCAGCGGUCAGCAAAGACAAACCGAGCACCGCUGCCAACCUCUUGUCAGACUCGCGUUUCUCUCAACUUUUCCAAGAUCCAGAAUUCCAGAUCGACACCGGCAGUCGAGAAUUCGCCAUGCUCAAUCCAUCUACAGCGCUCAAGCACGCCCGAGAUGGACCGAGAAGACUCACUGCGGUGGAAAACGAGGAGAACGAGAGCGAUCGCGAAUCAAUCGAUCCCGAUAUGGAGGACGACAAAUCUUCGUCUGCGUCCGAGGACGAGCAGGAUGGCGAUGAUUCAGGUGAUUCUUCCGACGAAGGUGAUUUGGGCCAGUACAAUCCACGUGCACGAGAUGCAGCUGGUAAGCGACCCAAAAACCUCCAUCAAGCUGCAGAAGCCGCCGGGCGACGUGGUGGACGUGCCUCUGGUGCACGUCUCGUCGACGAUGACGACGAGGACAACGCGGGAGCAGGAAGCGGGAACAAGAAGAGAAGCUUUGAGGACCGUCUCAAGUCAUCUUCCAACCGUUCACAGGGCGCACGUCGACCCCGCGCCUCCGACUUCCUGGACGAUCAACCCGUUGCUGGAGCAAAAAGCUUCACCUGGACGCCUUCGUCGUCCAAGCGAGAGGCGGGCGGCACACGAAAGGGAGGCAGCUCGAGAAAGCCUAGCACAGGAGAAGAGACCUUCGGAUACGGUCUCAGCAAAGGCGCAGGCGCAGAAGAGGGUAAAGGAGUCGAAGGGCUUUCCGACGACGCGAGGUUCGGUCGACAGAAACGCAGACACCCCAACAGAUCGGCAAGUAAGAAUGUCAUCAUGCGAAGGAGCUGA